CCCGCAACAGAUCAUCUCUCUUCCACAGUACAUACAUCAACACCCCGCACAGUUAUACCACAACCACCAUUUGCGUCUCAAUCACAAACAACCCCACGAAAACACCUUAAGCAAACUGUUCGAAACUACAAAAAGCCAUAUCAGAUACGCCCUCCAUUAUGGCCUACAACUUCGUGCGUUCAUAUAUAGACACUUUUCGCGAACGAACCGCGGCCAUCAGCCACACUUCGACCUUCCGCAGUACUGGCCAGCUCACGCCAGAGGAGUUCGUCCUAGCUGGUGACUUCCUAGUAUUCAAGUUUCCUUCCUGGGAGUGGGCAGAUGCUUCAUCUCCCGCGAAACGCUCCCCACAUUUCCCUCCUGGAAAGCAGUUCCUAGUCACCCGCGGUGUUCCCUGCCAUCGCCGCCUUGAUGACAACUUCGCCGGGGAUGCGGGUCAGGACGAAACCCUCGUUGGGGAUGGAUUCGCAUCGGGCGAGGGACAGGCAGACGACGAUGGCUGGCUCAGGACUGGUGGUAUGGCAGCAAGUCAAGAGGCAAAGGUUCGGGAUGUGAGGACAGUGGACGAAAGUGGCAACCUAGGAGCCGCAGAGGAAGAGGAGGAGAUUCCCGAUAUGGAAGAUGAGGAUGAUGAGGAGGCUAUAAUAAGAGAACCUCAAGGAAGCGGAAGCACUUCAGCUCCCCUUCGUACCUACACCCUAUAUAUCUGCUACUCGGCACACUACAGAACACCUCGACUAUAUCUAUCCGGCUAUGGCGCAACAUCGGUCCCGCUGAGUCCACGAGAGAUGAUGGAGGAUAUUGUCGGUGACUAUAAGGACAAGACGGUGACAAUCGAAGAUCAUCCUUUCUUUGAUCAUGCGGUCAAGACAGCCUCAGUUCAUCCUUGCAAGCAUGCUUCCGUCAUGAAGGUUCUAUUAGAUCGCGCCGACGCAGCUUUGAAGCUUCGACUAGCGAAGCUUAAGGCCGGCAAAGAUGUUGGCAAAGUCGACAGCGGCAUGGAAGGCUUAGUAGACGAUACGAAGCUACUCAAGCUAACGGAGCAGGCCAAGACAAAGGACGGCGAUGAAUCAAAGGACAAUGAAUGGGAUCUUGUGGAAGGCAGCAGUGAGGAAGACGAGGUUGCUAUUCGCGUCGACCAAUACCUUGUCGUCUUCCUUAAAUUCAUGGCCAGUGUCACUCCCGGGAUCGAACAUGACUUCACCAUGGGAGUGUGAUACAUAUAUAUGAAUUUCUAUUCCUAUACCAUAAGCUUUCUUUCGACUCGUUUGCUACAAUGUACUGGGCGAACGAGUAUAUCUCUUGUUUUGGCGUCGGUUCACAUGAUUCAAUAUGGGCAUAAGGGCAAGCGGGCGUACCUCCUGACAGGAAAGGCGGUAUUGUAUAUUUUGCUAAAUAUGGAAAGUGCACAACAUUGAUAUCAAUCUGCGCGUUUGCGUGCUCAGUACAGUAACACAUUAGCAACUAAACAUUUUGUUAAACA